AAGAAGAAGAGGUUUAUUAGGGCAAGUGUCAAUUUUUGCAAACGAAGGGGAAGAGUUUAGCUUUCCUGUUGUCUUGUAAUGUGAUCGACCGGAUAUUAUGUUCGAAUUUUACUGUGAUUUAAUUAUAGGCAGUUUCACUCUUUCUCAAUAAACACUUGGGCAAAAAUACUCGACGACUCUCUAUGGACACAUGGCAGGUUGCAGUAAGGCGCACGCUUUCAAGGCUGCGCUCUUCGUUUGCUUUUUAUUACUCUUGUUGAACAUACUGAACUCGCAUCUCGAUGCUCGCUCCAAAGAAUCGUUUUCGUUCUCACAUUCGAGCCAUCACUGGCCGAAAGGAGCGAGGAUCGGGUCGGCCUCAUCGCCGCAAAGUCACAACAACUCGAACAAUAUUUAUACAUUAGUAUGGAACGCAGAUAAUACCUCGUUGAGGAACAUUACAUUCCAUUCGCCACUAAUUAGCAGUCAAGCGAACAAUGGCAUUUUAUUGAUAGAUAGUUCAGAUUUUAAGAGAAAAUUCCAUAAUCAUAAAUUAAACCCACAAAAUCAAACGCAGCUAAUGAAUGCCACAAAACAUACAACGACAAGCCCCGAGGCCGUGGAAGUGACCACAAAAUCGGGCCUGAUUGAUAUGGUUAUGACCACAUUAGGAUUUAAAAUGUGCCCUUUAGUGCCACCAAAUCUGGAUGGACCAAUUGAAGUCAAUACAACAUCAGAACAAAUGGAAAUAAUCGAACAACGCUACCAAAAUAUUCUUCUUCCUGGCGGCUGGUAUCGUCCCAAAGAGUGUAGGGCACGCGAUCGUGUCGCCAUAAUUGUGCCAUUUCGUGAUCGUUACGCACACUUGCCAAUAUUUUUGAAAAACCUCCAUCCGUUUUUAAUGAAACAGCAAAUUGAAUAUGGCAUUUUCAUAGUUGAGCAAACCAAUGGUAAACUGUUCAAUCGUGCUGCUUUGAUGAACGUUGGCUUCCUGGAGGCUUCAAAGCUCUUCGCCUGGGAUUGCUUUGUAUUCCAUGAUGUCGACUUAUUACCUUUAGAUGAUCGAAAUUUAUAUACAUGCCCGGAUCAACCGCGUCAUAUGUCAGUUGCGAUUGAUAUAUUUGGGUAUAAGCUUCCAUAUAGUUCUAUAUUUGGUGGGGUUUCAGCUAUGACAAAAAGCCAAUUUAAUGCUGUGAAUGGCUUUUCGAAUUCGUUUUGGGGUUGGGGAGGUGAAGAUGACGAUAUGUCGAACAGAUUAAAACAUGCUGGCUUCCAUAUAUCACGAUAUCCAGUAAAUAUAGCGAGAUACAUGAUGUUGAAUCAUCAAAAAGAGAAAGCCAAUCCAAAACGAUAUGAAAAUCUUGCCAAUGGUUCAAAAAAAUUUAGGACUGAUGGCUUAAAUUCCGUUAAAUACGACGUUUAUAGUUCGAAAAAGUAUAAACUUUUCACCUGGUUCCUUGUAGAAUUAAAAAUGCCCGAACAUAGAUGAUGAUAUGAUGAUGGCGAUGAUAUUAUGAACAAUUCUUAUUGCAAUGUAUGAAUCUCUAUAAAUCUCCAAUAUACAAUAGAUUAUGCUUUCCAUUUUUUGUCUUGAGUUCUUUCAAUAUUUGAUUGAACUUCGUGUUUCUGGAAUUACUAUAGUUAAUUUUAUUGUAUUUAUCUGAUAUUCCAUUGUCGAUUAGACAAGUUAAAAAACAGUUAGUAGUGGAGUCUACGAGCAAAUAUUUUAAAACCAUGAGUUUUAGAUAUGAUAUUGUUAAAAUAAUAAUUUGAUUUUCUAGAUUUUUACUAAAA